GCCCUCCCGGUCCAUUGCUACCACUCCUCGUGAAACAAAACCCCUUUAAACCCCUUUCCGCGCCACCGCUCUCCUCCAUCGCAGCUCUCUCUCUUCCUCUCUCAAAAUGCCAUUUUCCAACUUCAAUCCAAACCCAAAAAACCCCAAACCCCAAAACCCCUUUCUUCCCAAAAUGGCUUUCCCCAAUUUCAGCCCAAACCUCCAAAACCCCUUUUCAAACAUCCAAACCCAUCUCUCUUCCUUCCUACACCACCUUUCCUGUUCUCCUCUCCCAAACCCCACACUUUCUUUCCAAACCCAUUUCAAAACCACCCUCCAAAACCUCCAAACCCAAGCCAAACAAGCACUUUCCAGUUUUGCCCCUCCCCCCAACCCAAUCCCCUCUUCUGCUAAAUCUCCAGUCUGGGCCCGGGCAUAUUCCCAAAACCAGGUCCCUGCUAGGCCCCACACGAUGCCCGCCGAAGCCAUUGAGGAGCGGCUCGCUGGCAUUCCAGUUUAUGCCCUCAGUAAUGCUGAAGAAGAGUUCGUUCUGGUGUCGGGCGUGAGGUCGAGAAAGUCUCUGGGGCUCUUUUGUUUCAAGAGGGAGGAUGCAGAGGCUCUUCUGGAGCAGAUGAAGGCCAUGGAUCCUACCAUGCGGCAGGGGUCGAAGGUUGUCGCUGUCGCGUUGAAUAAGGUUUUCCAACUAAAGGUUGACGGGGUUGCCUUUAGGUUCAUACCUGAUUCGUAUCAGAUCAUGAAUGCACUUAAGGAAAAGGAGAAGGUUGGCGAAUCUGCUGAGGGGUUCUCUGGAGUUCCUGUUUUUCAGUCACGAAGUUUGAUAUUGGCAAGCCAAAACAAGCGAUAUCGUCCAGUUUUCUUUAGACAGGAGGAUCUAGAGAAGUCGCUUCUAAGAGCAUCUCAGCAGCAGAAGAAUCUAAAUCCUGCCUUCAGUAAGGGAGAUAUUCAGGUUUGUGUUCUUGAGGAAAUAAUCAAGGGGAUGAAGGAGAGUUCUUCAUCGGAGUGGGAUGAUGUCGUUUUUAUUCCUCCUGGUUUUGAUGUUUCAGCCGGUGUCAGUCAGUAGGAGAAGCUUAUUACAAGAGAGCAUUUCAUGUCAUUUCGUAAGAUCAUCAAAUACCCCAGUAUGAUAGUGGAAGCUACUCCCUAGGAUUGUCGGAGGGAGAGUUUUUGCAUCUCUCAAAGGAUUAUCUUACAUGUAGAUGGCCUUGCAAAUUGUACGAGUUCUUGUGAUAAAAAAAACUUUGAUAGUAUGGCAGCGAAAUGGUUGAUACGCAGGCACUUAAAAAUUACUUAGAAAUUGCAUACGUCACAUACAAUUAAGUUAAACUAUAGAAAUUAUGUUUCCCAUUUUAGAUGUACCUUGUACAAAAAUUACAUUUAUUUGAUUAUCCAACCAUUGGAUUGGUGGACAUUUAUUGGACUAUUAGAAAUGGAAACUAUCCAAUGAUCAAGGUA